CGACAAAAAAUGGCAAUAACAUAGAAGUCGGAUUGAUUUUCACGUCACAUGUGAUUUUCAAAGUACCUAUCAAACGUCUGUCGCGGCGCAACAUUUGAACUUGGGUUGCGUUAAAAAUUUAUUUAUUUUAACAAACUACUAUAAAAUUCCGGUAAUGAAACAAAUUUAAUAGUAAUUCAUACUAAAUGCGUCAGGAUUUUCGGGACUAUUUUCUUUCAUAGCAUUAUAAACAGAAAGGUACCAAAGAGCCAUGGGCAGCCCACAAAUAGAUCUGGACAAACCUCGAUACGAUCAGAGCACGUAUUCGGGUAGAGCCAAGCACUUCCUGCAACUGACCAACCCUCUCAACGUGUUGGCUUCGGAUGCGGAACUCGACGAGGCACAGAGGAUCGUUGCUGAAUUCAGAAAAACACGUCGUAUGCCGCCCGGAUACGAUGAAGAGAAGUUAUGGAGUACUAAAUAUUUGUACGACAGCGCCUUCCAUCCAGACACGGGAGAGAAAAUGUUCGUGCUCGGACGCAUGGCGGCACAGGCUCCCAUGAACACUAUCAUUACGGGAUGUAUGAUAACGUUCUACAAGACAACGCCGGCCACGGUUUUCUGGCAAUGGGUGAAUCAGACCUUCAACGCUGUCGUGAACUACACGAAUCGAUCAGGAGAUGCACCUAUAAGUACAUCACGUCUAUUGGCUUCAUAUUGCGCUGCCUGCGGAGGCGCUCUCGGUACAGCUUUGUAUCUUAAUAGCAAAGUUAAGAACAUGAAACCGAUCUACGCCCGUUUGGUUCCAUUCGCGGCCGUCUGCGGAGCUAAUUUCAUCAAUAUUCCCAUGAUGAGGAGCAAUGAGAUAGCGAACGGCACGCCGGUGUUCACGGCGGACGGCGAACGCGUCGGCGAGUCUAAGACCGCCGCGCGGAGCGGCAUCGCUUUAGUCUGCAUCUCUAGGGUACUCAUGGCCGUACCGGGAAUGACCUUGACGCCAAUGAUCACGAACUACGCCACACGUCGCGGCAUGUUCUGCCGCUGGCCCCUGCUGGUGGUGCCGUUCCAGCUGUCGCUGGUGGGGCUGUGCGUCACGUUCGCGACGCCGCUCUGCUGCGCCCUCUUCAGUCAGACCGCCGCCAUAGCUGUCGACAGUCUCGAAGCCGAUCUGAAGGAAAUCGUAAAGAAGAAACACCCUCAAGUCAAGGAGUUGUAUUACAAUAAGGGACUCUAAACCAUAAUGGGGCUUAAAAUAAGUGACGUCAUUUCAUAAUGUACCGAAUAAGUUUGUCUCGAUUAAAAAGACGACGAGAUCAAUUUUGUAGCGAAGAGCAUUCAUCUGGUGAUUGGUUGUGAUCCGCUGAAACUGUAUAAAUCUAGAGGUCUUGUACUUACGGGAAGUAGUUUUAGUGACAUUUGUCGAUGACCUUGAGCGAUGUUGAGCAAUCACGGUGGUAUACUCGCCUUCGUUGGUCCUAAAAACGUAAACCCUCUCACUGCUAUUACUAUGAAUAUUUGCUACCAUAUACUGUACGCGGAUGUCGACUUGGAGCCACAUUUUCCAAGAACAAACACUGCGGAGUAACAUUCGCUUGGAUAAAAGUUCAGAAAUCUCUACUGAUAGCUAGUUUUGAUAGAGACAAAUUUGAAACAGUUCUGUAAUAAUACGAGUAUAAGCACCUAUGAAUAAGGUGGGGACGAUUCGAACAAAAGAGAACCAAGCUCAGUUGUAGCUUACAAUCGGUGAAACUCAGCAAUCUGGUUUAAGCACAAUCAGAAUGCUUUUAGUUUCAUAUGUAUCACUGGCUAACUUUAUUAAUACGUUCGGGUUUGGCACCGCCCCACGCAUCCCAUUUCGCCGUCUUGUUGUCAGAUUGCGCGACCAUUUACUAUUAUCGCUGACAAUCAUUUUUGCGAUAAAUAAGCUAUAAAUUCGUUUAUCAGCAGUUUAGGGUUGUCAGCGAAAAUAGCACCGCGAAUCAAUUCUAAAAAUUCUGUGUCCUCAGAAUCCUUGCCUAUCCCUAGUUGAGCGAAUCUGGGCUAUGCUGAUUACUUAAAGAACCUAAAAUGUCGGUAAUCUUCGACCAUCCUUUAUGAACCAUUAAAACCGCUCAGUAGAACCAACCCCUUAGACGGGUAAUGACUCAGCAAGCAAACAAUUGCUAAACCCUUUUGACGUGUCCCUAAAAAUUCAAAUCAAGGUGACUACGUAUGUAGACCCCUAAAAUUGGUGGAAUUCUCAUGAAAUUGAAAUAGGUGGUCUGCAUAAAAGCUUUGUCUCAACAAGUCAAGAGCGAUAAUAAUGAAUUUUAGUAAUUACAAUUAAAUGUAUAAUAUAUUUCGCGAAAUAGGCUGAACGCCCACAUUCGCCAUAUUGUUUUUAGAUUUGACAUUAACCAAUGAAUGAUAAUGUUGAAAAAUAUAUAAAAAAUUAUUAAGUGGACAUGUUCCUUUCUUGUUUACAUUAAAUUUAAUUUUGAGAAGAAACAAUUUUAGCAAAUACCGGUGCAAAAAGUUAGGGCGUAAUGUGUUAGAAAGCGAGGUAAUCUGGAAAUAUGACUGAAAAAUUACAUUUGACACAAAGCUUUAAAUAAACUUUCUUAAUAAACUUAUUCGGUUCACAAUACAUCAUGAAAUGGUAACAUACCGUAAUUUAGAUUAUUUUAUUUGUUUUUGAAGCAUUUAGUCGCAUUUUACAAACAUUCCUUUUUAUUUGAAUUUAUUUUUGAAUAAUCUCCUCACUUUUCCUCUUUUUUGUAUAUAAGUUAAAUUAUAAUUAUGUUAUAUAAGCAAACAAAAAUUUUUGUAUAUGUCAUACAUAUUUCGAAAACCGCAUAGAUUUUCUUUGGCGAUAAGGUUUUUGAACUUUAACUUUUUUUACAACAUUAGUAAGAAUACUUUCUGCAAUACUGUAUUACCCUGUAGUAAAUCUGUUAAGCAAUAGGCACCAGGGUAUAUAAUAAGGAUUUUCGAAGUUUUUAAUUGAAGUUAUGCUCAAUAAAUGUGUGUAUUCGGUUGUGAUGAUGUAAAUUGAUCUGAAAAAUGGUUGUUUAAGCUAAAUCAAUAAAUGUUAUAAAUUUCACAUUUGGCAAGAACGAAGUUUCUCAUUCCAAGAUUUAUUUUAGUAUAUAUAGAUAAAUAAUCUAUGUAAAUCAAACCUUUCAAAUUACGUUAACAUUUUCUUGAUUAGAUUGUUUUGAAGAAUGAUGUAUUAAAAUAUAAUAUGAGUGCUUGUUGCGUUAUAGUUUUUUGUUUCUUUACCUAGUUAUAAACAAAAUGGCGGCACAUUUGGAAGACAAUAAUUAUUGUUCGUAAUACUUUUUAAUAUAAAUAUGUUGUGCGUAUAUUUAGCUCGUAAAGCAUUUAAUGCUUCAGAAUUAGUGCUGAAAACGUGGUAUGAAAUAAACUAGUUUCAAAGUUCA